ACUCAGAUGCACACAAACCCGGUCUGCACAUCGGCGUUCACGCACCUCUAAUUCGUGUCACCGUGUAAAAGGCCUAUUCGUUACCCCUAAGCGGACGGACUUAAUGCAAAGGGGAGCAGCGCAACGUUACGCAGAACAUAGAAGUGUUUACCAAUAAAAGGAGAACAUCAAUCCUGUGAAGCUUGUUAAGAUAGCUAUUAGGACACUGAGAGGAAUCAAAGAGCUGCUGUCUGUCUUUUCUUUGUGGCCUUUGCCUUCCACCAGCACACUGCUCAGGUGUAUUAAAUGGCUGAUAAACAAAUCAGUUUACCUGCAAAACUGAUCAAUGGAGGCAUUGCUGGGCUUAUAGGGGUCACAUGUGUUUUCCCAAUUGACCUGGCCAAAACACGCCUGCAGAACCAGCAGAAUGGAUCCCGUCUUUACUCUAGCAUGUCUGAUUGCCUUAUCAAGACCAUUCGAUCAGAUGGAUAUUUCGGAAUGUACAGAGGUGCUGCGGUGAACCUUACUCUUGUUACCCCAGAGAAGGCCAUAAAACUUGCUGCUAAUGACUUCUUCAGACACAUGCUGUCCAAAGAUGGACAAAAAUUAACCUUGCUGAAGGAGAUGCUUGCAGGGUGUGGUGCUGGAACCUGCCAAGUCAUUGUCACAACUCCAAUGGAAAUGCUAAAGAUCCAGCUGCAAGAUGCAGGUCGCAUUGCGGCACAAAAAAAACUUAUGUCAGAAGUAAUAAACUCUUCAAGUACAGGCAUGACUGCUUCAGAAGCACAAGGGCCACAGUCUGCAAUUCAAAUAAGUCGCCAAUUGCUGAAAGAAAAAGGCAUAGCUGGCUUAUACAAAGGAUUAGGUGCAACCCUGCUCAGGGAUGUGCCGUUUUCUAUUGUUUACUUUCCCCUGUUUGCCAACCUGAACAAGCUGGGCCAAAAGGACCCUGAUACCAAGGCCCCAUUCUAUGUGUCUUUCCUGGCAGGCUGUGCUGCUGGCAGCACAGCUGCUGUAGCUGUGAACCCCUGUGAUGUAAUAAAGACAAGACUGCAGUCACUGCAGAGGGGAGCCCAAGAAGAUACAUAUGCUGGUAUCUCAGACUGUAUCAGAAAGAUUUACCGGAAUGAAGGUCCUACUGCAUUUCUUAAAGGAGCAUACUGUCGAGCUCUGGUGAUUGCACCUCUUUUUGGCAUAGCACAAGUGGUUUACUUCUUCGGUAUAGGAGAAUUCCUUUUGGGACUUCUUCCUCAAAAACAUGAUUAACCAAGGGUACAUCCUUAUUUCCAAGCUAGAACUACAGUACAUCUACAGUAUGUGCAGGCUUUACAGGGUUUUUAACAUAAUACAAUGGCAGUCAGAGGCUUGUCACGGAACAGAGAGUAAAGCUGAAGAGUGGAAUCUGGUUGUAAUCAUUGAGUAAAUCAGUUUAAAAGGAUUAUACAACUGCUAAAAAGUAGUGAGACAUUGUAGCAAAAAAUGUUUCUGUUGAUCUGGGGAGGGAUGCUUUGGAUAUUAAUACUUUUAAUAUCAAAACAGGCAAUUGUUAAAUCAUAUGUUAACGAUGCUUCAUUGUUUAGAUUUUUAUACAUUUUCUGUAAAAUGUGAUAUAUAAGUAUCUUAGAAACUCUGGGAGGGCUGGUCCUUCUCAGGCAGCACUGAACUCUAACAUAGAAAGUAAUGAAACUUAAGAUAGAGCCUUUGAGGAUAUUACUUGCUAAGAUAUUUUGAUCCUGAGCUGGGAUGCCGUCUUUGUGCUGUUUGCAUUUUGUCUGGUUAAAUUUCUUGUGAGGACUAUGGUAUUAUUUUAGUAUCCUUAGACAUGUGUUUCGUUCAACUGGCAGCUUAAAAUUGCCACAUUGAUUUUGUGUAUGAUUUGUGAUGAACUGUAAAGAUUCUCAAAACUCCAAAGUGGUUUGAGUCGGUCAGCAUAUGCACAGAGGAAAGUAGGAGCUAUUUUAGUAUACAAUUAAUAUUUUCAUGACUUGAGAAUCUCUCUAUUAAUUACUAAUACACAGGUCAAAUUUUAAAUAUCUAGUAAGGUCAAAUGCAUAGUAAAGUACCACAGACCCGGGGAACUGGAUGAGGUGUUGAAGAAGCAACAGGGCACAGGUACAACCCAGAUAUACAAUAUUUUUAUCACACUCUACUAAAGGGUACCAUACUGCUUUGGGAAAAAACAGACAUGUAAACCUACGCUCCAUUUAAAAUGAGCUUUCAGUCAUGUCAAUUUUAUAAAAAAAAUAUGCAAAGAACGCCUCCUUCUCCGAAGCCCUGAAUAUGCUACUUUUUAACCUUGUUUUUUAAAUAUUGUUUAACCUGUUUUUCCGUGAGAAGGCAUGUUGCAAGUCAUACAACAGUAUAUGGAGCAGACUAAUUUCAGCAAAAUAAUACAGAGCAUUUUUAAUAUAUACAGUAUUUUACUCAGCACAAACAUUUACAAGUUUAAAGAUAAAACAUUUCAAAUUUACAAAAUACUUUUCUUUAAUGCACUCAUGGAGCCCCUAUUUUCUCUAACGUUGCGCCUUUCUCCUUCACAAUUUUCUGAAUUCCAAAAUAUCAUGAAUUUAAACACAUUCUGACUAAAAUUCUUUGUUCAAAUACGUUUUUAAGGUACUAAAGAAAAUUAAAUGGUAAGGACAGUUCACACCUGCACAGUUGGACUAUCAUAUGUAUUUAGUUUGACACAAAAAAUGAAUAAGGGAAUGAAAGUAACUUUAGUUAUAUAGUGAUAAGUAUUUCCAGUAUUUUCAGUGUGCAAGAUAAUUAAAUAUUUACAGUUUCAGUAAAUUAAAUAAAAUUGGAAAAUAAUGGCAUUGGUUAUCUCUUACACUUGUUAAUCUUACAGCAUCAUGUGGUAAUUAAAAAAAAAAACUCAAUUCAAGUUUGCCCAAUACUCAGCUUCUGUACCCUUCGUAAAACUGUUUUGCUUUUAGUAGAAUAAUGUGACCUUUCAAUAUUUCACAUUUACAAAAUAUCAAAAUCUACAAAAAAAUGUGUGUUGUUCUAAUUCAAAAGAUUUACUUGUGUAGAAAUGAAAAAAUAGUUAAUCUAGUUAAUAAUUUAUGUAAAGAAUCUGGAUCUGGAAAAGUUUUAGUGUUAGCAGAACACUGUCUGACCAUGUCUUCUGAGACAUCAGCCUCUUGGCAAGCUCCUCUAGCCACAGCUUCUCAGUGUCCCAUUAAAUCAGGAUAUAUGUGGCUUUGUGGCCGUGCAAAUCUUACAAGACAUUAAUGUAAAAAACAAAUGUUUAUUAGAUUUUGCAAUACUAAACAUUAGUAGAUAGAAGCACAGACGGGUAAGACGACCUAAGCACAAGCAACAGUAUUUAAGAAGGAACUAGACAAAACUGAAUCCAAAAAUACAGACAAAAAGUCAGAAAUAAAAAAACAGUUGAAGGAACUCAACUAGAUGAUAUUGGAAUAGCACUAAAGCAUAGUGCUAGAGCAAAGAGUUCAAGCCAGGCUCUCUCUUUUAUUUUCCUUGCCCUUCCUAUCUAAUGAUGAGGGACUAUAGGGAUGGGGUCCAAUUUCAUUCCUGACACAAUUCUUUUAAUUUUGGUAUUGCAUAAUUGAUAUGGUCAAAGCACUGUACAACAUUUACUCAUAUCUUUAACAUUAAGCAAAAUGCCCAAUAAACAUCCAGUAUGUCAUAGUAAUCUAUAAAGCACAAUAAACAUCCAAUAUGACAUUGUAAUCUAUCUAUUUGUAUUGUUUUUUUAAGUUCUUAACCCUCCUAGUAAUAAUGGCAAAAUAAAGUACAUUGAAAUAAAGAUAAAGUAGAUUGUCUUAUCAUUAUGGAACUCAAUGUACACUGUAAAUCAGUUACUCAUGAAGUUUUACUAUCAUGUCUAUUCCUCAAGUCCUAUCCUCUUUACAUCAUGUGGUGUUUAUAGUGGAUUUAGAAAGUAUUCCGACCCCUUUACUUUUUCACAUUCUGCAAUGUUGCAGGCUUGUACUAAAACCAUUUAAAUUAAUUUUAUUCUGACAUCAAGCAGCACUCAGUAUCCCAGAAUGACAAAGUGAAAACAGAAUUUUAGAAAGUUUUGCAAAUUUACAAAAAAAAAAAAACUGAAAAAGCACACUGACACAAGUAUGCGCUUAACUCAGUACUUAUUUAAAACCCAUUUGGCAGCACCCUAGAGUCUUCUUGGGUAUUAUUCAACACCUGGAUUGUAGGGAUUUUCUGCCAUUCUUCUCUGUAAAUCUUCCCAAGCCAUUUCAUUUUGGAUGGAGUCAAUUGGUGGUCAGUUAUUUUCACGUCUCUCCAGAGAUGUUUAAAUGGGUAACGUCAGUCUCUAGCUGGGCAACUCAAUGAUAUUCACAAAUUUGACUCUAAGCCACUACAAUGUUGUCUUUGAUUUUGUACUUAGGGUAAUUGUCCCAAUCUGAGGUCCAAAGAACUCUGGAGCAGAUUUUCAUCAAGGGUAUCUUCUCUGUACUUUGGUCUGUUCAGCGUUCCCUCUAUCCUGUGUAAUCUUCCAAUUUCUGCUGCUGAUAAACAAUCCCAGAGCAUGAUGCUGCUACCACCAUGCUUCACUGUUGGAAUAGUAUCGCACAGUGCCAAGUUUCCUUCAGAUAUGACACAAAUCUUAGUGUCAUUAGACCAGAGAAUCUUGCUUCCCACAGUCUGAGAUCUGUUUAGGUGCCUUUUUGCAGACUCCAAGUAGGCAUAGAUGUGUCAUUUAAUGAGGAAAGGCUACUUCCACUCUGUCAUAAAGCCUAGACUUGUGUAGUGUUACAGUGAUGGAUGGUUGUUCUUUUGGAAAUUUGUACUAACUCCAACCAGGUUCUCUAGAGCUCAGCCAGAGUGAUCAUUGAGUUCUUGUUCACCUCUCUUACCAUGGCAUUUGCCCGACAAUUGUUCAGUUUGAUUGGAUGGCCAGAUUUAUGAGUAGUUGUGGUUGUUUCAGACUUCUUCUAUUUAAGAACUAUGAAGGCCACUGUGAACCUUCAAUGCUGCAGGAUUUCUUUGUAGCCUUCUACAGAUCUGUUUCUCACCGCAGUCUUAUCUCUAAGCUCUGCAGGCAACUUCUUCAAACUUAUGGCUUGGUUUUUGCUCUGAUGAACAUUGUCAGAUGUAGGACUUUAUAUAGAGAGAUGUGUGCAUUUCCUGAGUAUGUCCAAUCAAUUAAAUUGACCACUGGUGGACUUUAAGCAAGAUGCAGAAACAUCACAGUGAUGAUCAAUGGAGUGGGAUGCACCUAAGACAGAUUUCAAGUAUCAUAGCAAAGGGUCUGAAUACUGGUGUCAAUGUGAUAUUUCAGUUUAUUUUUUAUAAAUUAUGUAUUCAUUUUACUAUUAAGAGUGUGCUUCUUAUAAAUAGUUUAUUCUGAUUCGAUCUCACACAUCCUAAAAAGAAUAUCUUGAAGUAUCAUAUUUUGUUCAUUAUCCAUGAUUCUGCAUUAAAUAUUUAUUUAAAAAAAAAAUCAGCAUGCAAAGUUUAAGAAAGGAUUUGCAUUUCCAUAUAUGAAGCAUUUGUAUUUGUUACCAUAGUACUCAUUAUCUUUGGGUAUUUGUGAUUGAACAUAAUAAUGAAUCAGUGCACAAAUAAAUAGUUGAAUUCUGUUAUUAUUAAAAUAAAGUCAUAACCUGUUAUACCAAGAACCAAAUGUACUCAAGUGUUGCCUAAAAACAAAUUGAUCUAUUUUUCUUAAAACUGCUCAGGAAUUGAGAACCAAAUUUGUUUUGUUUAGCACCUUACUCAUUACAUACCAUCCAUUAAAGGCUUUACAUAAACUACAGUCAUAUUUAAUAUUAUUCGAAAUGUAAACCAACAUUUCCAAGGAAAAUAAUAAUAAUAGAAUACAGUGGUGUACAUUUGUAUUGUAAACUCUACAUGUAAAAAUCCAAAGAUUUUAAAUGAUAUAUUACAGGUGUUUGUUUAUUGCCAACUUAUGCAUAGUAGUAACAGAUACAUAUUUCUAAUUGCUUAUCACAGUCCAAAGGCAUGUUAAGCUUGCAAUGGAUUUAUUAAAUAAAAAAACACUUGUGUGCCUUAGGAAAUAUAUUUUUUCAUGAAUGUUGUUUUGUAACAACAGUUGAGAUCUGGUAAAGUACUAAAAUGAUACAACACAAAGCCAAACAUGCAGAAAGCACAUUUAGAUAAAAAAAAUAAGUUCAUGGACCAAGUACAGUAUUUACUGAAUCUUACUGCUUUGAUUUAUUAUUUGUUUAUAUUUUAAUUCUUCCAAGUCUCAGUAGCUGACUUAGACUACAGCCCAAAUAAAUUAAGAGAAAUUUAAAUUAGUAACUUGAUUGCACUGUUUACCCUUCCUUCUAUGUCUUGUCUUUAUUCAGUUACCAAUUGCCAAUAAUUUUCUUUGCAAUCUGUGUGACUGGAGUUUCAUUCCUCCGUUGACAGUUUUUCUCAUCAUUAUAUACAUUAUAUUACUAUUUCUUUUUUCUUUUUUAUUGAAUUUAUUAAAACCAAAUAACAUUUCAUACAAGCAAGUCAAGUUUUACAAAACUAGGUUCGAAAUAUAUCAACCCCUAGUUUAUGUUACUAUUUUGCUGUUCUAUAACAUAAGAAUUCCAUCUUCUAUACUGUAUAAUUAUUUAUAUUCCUCAAUAUAUGUGGCACACGGUUUUUGUGCUUUUUUGUUUGGUGUAUUGUGCUUCAGUAAAAGUUAUUUAAUACUUUAGUUGAAAUAUACUAAAUCUGUGAAUGUGUUCUAUGUUCUGACCCUGCCAAUGGGAUUUGCAGACCAAAAGUCAAAAACACAAAUCAAGCAACAAUUUAUUAACAAAAGUGUGAGACAGAAGUCACUGUUAAAACAUUCAUAAGCAAACGUCCUACACACCCUAUAAUGUAAGAAGAAGAAAUGGCAGGUCCAAUUUAAUGAGUGAUUACUGUUCAAGUGCUAAGGAUUUGCUUAUUAGUAAUACAUUUAAUCCUCCAAAUUUUAAAUCUUCCUCAGAUGACAGCUAUGUAAUUUGCAUUGCUAGGUAAAAACAAGCAGGAUAUGCAACCAAGAGCUGGGACAGAUGCAAGAAACAACGUUAUUCUUAUCUUAAGAUAUGACUUGCAGUUACAGUACAUGUAACAGAGAAGCAAUGAAUAAACCACUUAAUAAAAAGUCUCAUUGGAAAGAGCACUAUAAAAAGAGAAGCCAAAACUGAUUUUGUACAUGUUCUGAAGAGUGAGUAAAACCUCGCUGCUAAAUUUACAGAAAACUUAAGACUACUCCCAAAAACCAGAUACCAACUUAAACCCAUUAUCUACUAUUGGCCCAAUACAAAAUGUCUUGAAAUGGUACUGUACACCCAAAAGCAGAAGUGGCUUAUAGACACAGGCUGUUUUAUUUUUGAUGCUAAAUCUGGUCUAAAAUUUUGUGCUAAAUCUGCCUCAAACCUGGGUGUAGACAGCAAUAUUAUACCAAGAUGAUACAUUUUUUGUGGACAAGAAAGACAUCAGGACUUUAAAAGGAAACAAGCAGAUUUGGUAAAUAUGAUGCUGUAUCCUGAAUAUGUUGGCAAUCAUGAUUCCUACUACAAUGUAUAGAGAUACAGAAAUAACAUAAUUUUGUUUAAGUUUCUUUUGUGACCAUACAGUAUUUAUACCUUUACAACCCCCUCUAAAUUUUGCUUAAAGGAAACACUGAACCCAUACCUUAAUUAUAGCUGUUUACUCUGCUUCUAUACUACAUUAGCUUCAGAAAACCACACAGAAAGAUCUUAAUGAACUGAAAUUUAACUGGACUGUAAACAUCACUUUUAGAAAACACUGUUGCAGAGCUCAGGAUCAGCCUAGUCCUUAGUUCUUGAUGAGCAUGUGCUAGAACAGCAGCAUUUUCUUUCCAAUAGAAUUGGAGCUGAUGGGAAAAAUUGUAAAUGGGAAGUAAACUUUGUGGAAAGAUUCAUAACUGACCCGAGACAAGCCUCUGACAAUUAGUUUAGCUUACUCUUUAAUGACAAUGGUUCAAAAAUUUCAAAAGCAUUACAGUUGUUAUGUAAAUUAGAUGCUGUUUAAAUUAUACGUAGAGUUUAAAUAUAUAAAUGUAUUUAGAAUUAUUUAAAGUGUUUUAUUUUUGUUAAUAUUUAAUUUCUAAUGCUAUGUACACAUAAUUAUGUACUGAAUCAUUAUAAUAAUGAUCAAGCCACUGGAAGCCUUCAUUAAAGCACAAGACACCAGGUGGCAGAGCACGCUUCUCUGUAUAUUUUACACAUUUUUCAUAUCAAGCUGCUCAGCUUUCCAGUAUCUUUUUCCAGUAUUAGGGCCAUAGCCAUGCUUAAUCUUGUGUGUAAAUGUGUGUCUGUUAAUGUUUGCAUGAUUCUGUAGGCUGGAAAACUUUUCUCUAUGCACUUGUUUCUUUGUCUGGUGUGUGUAUGUGUGUGUGUGUUUUAUUGAAGGGUGAUACUUUUGAAUGAGUGAAUGAAAAUGGGUAUUUCUACAACUAAGUCGCAAAGCACAAUGCAAAACUAUCUGUUGCACUUUGCCUAAAGCCAUAUUGAUCACUGACUCCCAGUAAAUUUUUUUCAUUUACUAAGCAC